CCUUCGUAAACAACAACACGGAAGUGGAAAGAGAAGUCCCGAGCUCGCAAUGGAGGGCUCUAAGUCGUCGAGCACAACCAUGCAGGUCAGCUUCGUGUGUCAGCGGUGCUGUCAGCCGCUCAAACUGGACACAUCCUUCAAUGUCCUCGAUCGGGUCACAAUCCAGGAACUUAUUGCUCCGGUAGUCACAGUGACUCCCAGCAAACAGGUUGACAGCACUGAUGGGGAAACAGCACCAGAGGAGACCUUUGCAGAAAACAAGCAAGAUGGAGUGUCAAGGAAAUACAUCCCUCCUGCACGGAUGAUGUCCACAGAGAGCGCCAACAGCUUCACACUGAUUGGAGAAGCAUCGGAUGGUGGUACCAUGGAAAAUCUCAGUCGUAGGCUGAAGGUGACCAGUGACCUGUUUGACAUCAUGUCGGGGCAGACAGACGUGGACCACCCUCUGUGUGAGGAAUGUACCGACACCCUGCUGGACCACCUGGACACGCAGCUCAACAUCACAGAGAACGAAUGCCAGAAUUACAAGCAAUGCCUGGAGCUGCUAUCACACCUGCAGGUAGAGGGAGAAGAGACCCUGCUGGCAGAGCUGCAUCAGCUGAAGGGGCAGGAGGAGGCUCUGGUCCAGGAGCUGGAGGCAGUGGAGGAGCAGAGAGCCGCUGUGGCCCAGGAUCUGACCCAGAGCAGGGUCCACUCCCAGCAGCUGGACACAGAGGAGCUUCAGUACCAGAAGGAGUACAGCGAGUUCAAACGGCAGCAACUGGAGCUGGAUGAUGAGCUGAAGAGCGUUGACAACCAGAUGCGUUACUGCCAGAUUCAGCUAGAUCGCCUGAAAAAGACAAAUGUCUUCAAUGCCACAUUUCACAUCUGGCACAGCGGACAGUUUGGUACAAUCAACAACUUCCGUCUGGGUCGACUCCCCAGCGUCCCGGUGGAGUGGAACGAGAUCAACGCAGCCUGGGAGACAGUGCUGCUGCUGCAUGCUUUGGCCAACAAAAUGGGGCUGCGCUUCCAGAGAUAUCGUCUUGUCCCGUACGGAAACCACUCAUACUUAGAGUCACUGUCAGACAAGUCCAAGGAACUUCCUCUGUACUGCUCGGGGGGGCUGAGGUUCUUCUGGGACAAUAAAUUUGACCACGCAAUGGUGGCCUUCCUGGACUGUGUCCAGCAGUUCAAAGAGGAGGUGGAGAAAGGAGACACUGGCUUCUGCCUUCCAUACAGGAUGGAUGUGGAGAAGGGUAAGAUCGAGGACACGGGUGGAAGCGGCGGCUCUUACUCCAUCAAAACCCAGUUCAACUCUGAGGAGCAGUGGACCAAGGCGCUGAAGUUUAUGCUCACCAACCUGAAGUGGGGACUGGCCUGGGUCACCUCGCAGUUCUACAACAGAUGAACUUUGUGAUUUAUAGUCAGUCCCCUCUGAUGAAUGGAUUUCAUGUGAAUAUUAUUACUCACUUGGCCAAAGGAAAAGCGAUGGUUGUGUCGCAGGAUUUCCAGUACAAAGGAAGCAUGGAGCAAUUCUAGAUCUCCAGUCUAGAUUAUCUGUGUUUCUACAUUUUAAAACGAUGUGAUAAUGCUGCAGCAAAGUAGGAUAUGGAAGCAGGCGCAGGUUGCAGUCUCGUCCCUCAAAGCGAGCAGGAUGAGAUAACAACCUGUGCGUCUACUUUCAUCCUCCUCUUCACUAAUUAAUGUCUUCUUUUUUUCUGACGAGCUGACGUUGCAUUAAAACAUCUUCACACUUCCAGAGACUAGAAUGUAAUUUAAAGAAAUCUUAGCCAAAUUCACUUCUAACCACUUUAUCAAGCUCAAGGUUUCUUUGCUCUCCUGUUGCACUGCACACCUGUAAAUCACUGUGUAACCUCUACAGUAAUUAACGUGUUUUUGUUCCUAUAACAUAAGCUGUAAAAGUGUGCUGUGAUAAUUAAGUUCAAGGUUGAAUUUGUAAUAUAUUAACACUGUUUAGUAUUCAACAAGUGUCAGUAUUUCUUGAACCUCAUGUUUUCCAGUUGCAUACAAACGUUGCAGGUAAACUGUUGUAUUUUGAGGCACACUGAUACGACUUCACAUCCAUUUGUCCGUUUUAGAUACGAUGGAUGCGUGUAAUGGUGACCUUUUAGUUAAUAAAAGGUUUCAUGCUGUAAAAA